UUUUUGGAGACUUAAAUGUGCCUUGUUAGGAGUUUCUCUUCUGUUUUAUUUUAGCUAUAUACAUUAAAUGAAAUGAAUUAUUGUCUCCGUCUUUUGCAAAUUUCCAAGCUUCUGUGACAUAAGCAAGUUUGAUUUAAGGCUACCCUAUCUAAGACCUUAACUAAAUUAAAAUUUAAGGAAAGUACUAGUAGAUUCGCGCGAAUAAAUGUUGGAAAUUGGUGUAAUUGCGACGGAAAAUUAAUCUUAACAAAAUACAUUUUUUCUUUAAAUCACGAAAAUAUUUCUUUGUGAAAAUUAAUCAACUUAGAGUAGUUACAGCUUGUACAUUUUAUAAACCGAGUUUUUAAUCAUCGAAGUGAUUCCUUAAAGGGGAAGUCCGGUCAUUUUUCAAAAUUUGUGUGUUGAAUAAACACCAUCGUGUUAUUAAUUUCUGCAAAAUCUUUUUUAAAAAUUCGUAUUACAAAUGAUAUAAAUGUCUAUCAAAGUUUAGGAUUGUUACUGUUUUUUUUCAAACGACGCCAUCUUUUUGUUGUUAUCAUCGAGGUCUGGGCUCUAAUGUUUAUCGUGACGUAUUUUAUGACAACAGCUUUCUGCACGCCGGAAUACUUCAGUUGUCGAUUACACCACUUCAAACAAGUCAUAAAUGUACCAUUGAUUUUACUGUUAUCAUGGUUACUUGUGGUGCUUUAAAUUGUGGUAACUCUUCCACCAAAAAAUCGGUAGCUGAUGUAAAAGGGUGGCAUAACGUUCCCACCGAAAAAGAAAAUAAACAACGUCGUAAGAAAUGGCUAGCAGCUAUGAAGCGAGAUCCACCAUAUCCAGCAGACACGAAUUUCGUUCUUUGUGGUAUGCAUUUCACGUCCGAAUGUUUUCAACGCGAUCUCAAGGCGGAGCUCUGUGGCUCUGUGAGAAAGUUUAUAUUAUUACCAAACGCUAUUCCAUCGGUAUUUUCAUUCUCGAAACCGCUACCUGCAAAGCGUUCUGCAUCCAUUGCAAGAAACGAAAGAAAAACAAAACGCCAGAUUGUGGAUGAAGCUUGUACGGCAGAAGAAAACUCAGGUGGCCCGGAAGCACCUUCCCUAGAACUUGAGCCCCUUUUUAAGGAUGCUAUUACGCAAACUGUUGAUGUCGUCAUGAUCAACAAAGAAGUUAGCUGUGCUACACCAAUGCGAACAAAGAGCACUAUGGUUCCUGCUGUGUUAUGCAAAUCAAUGUCUACUCAGAUGAGUCCAACUUUGUCUUCGACGAACACGCAAACUGUUAUAUUAACUCAAUAUGCUAGCGUUUCCACAGUCAACCUUAUUGCGAAAGAGGGAGAUGAAAUUGGAGAUUGCUCUUCAUUUUGCGCAAGUGAAGUAGAAGAUCGCGCUGAUCCGGAUGCAUCUUUCAAUGUCAGUAGCGAUGUUGAUACGGUCGAUAGUAGUGCCGAUACGGCUGAUAGUGAUGUUAAUGAGCAAGAUGUCGAUGUUAGGGAAGGUACGCAGUCGAUUGCACCUUCAACAAUGUUUCUAGUGUACUUUGAAAUGCUUAAGUCGCUCUUCAAAUUCUGCUUUGAAUGCGGUGAGAAAGCUACUAUCAAAAAACAUAUAACUAAGGGUAGUAUGCUUAUUGUGAAAUUGGUUUGCGCCGGUAACCACGAAGUGACUUGGAGAUCACAACCUUACUUAAAUCGAAUUGCGGAAGGAACGGUAAGGCUGUCUGCUGGAAUAUUGUUCAACGGAUUAACAUUUCAAGGUGUGAAAGAAGCAUUUGAAACUGCCAAUGUUAACUUUAUAAGUAGGUCGCAGUUCCAUGAACUUCAGCGAAGAUUUUUAUUCCCAGCCAUAAAUAGCAUUUUUACGCAUUAUCAGGAAGCCACACUUGUUAGACUCGUUGCGCUUGAGGGUGUCGAUUUAAUUGGAGAUGGUCGCUGUGACUCACCUGGAUUUAGUGCUAAAUAUGGUACAUACAGCCUCAUGGACGCCAUGACAAAUGAGGUGGUGAACUUUUUUAUUUCACACGUUCGUUUAGCAGGAAACUCGGCACGCAUGGAAAAACAUGGACUUGCUGAGUGCUUGGAAUUUAUCGACGAAGCUGGCGUAAUAGUGGACACACUAGUUACCGACAGACAUAGCCAGAUACGAAAGUUUAUGCGCACCGAACAUGAACAUAUAUCGCACCAGUUUGAUGUGUGGCACAUGACAAAAAAUAUCAAAAAAAAGAUUUUGAAAGUUGCAAAAAAAAAGAGCUGUCGUGACUUGAAUGACUGGAUGAAGUCUAUCAUAAACCACUUCUGGUGGGCUUGUUCGACUUGCGAAGGAGAUCCAAUAUUAUUGAAGGAAAAGUGGCAGAGUUUACUCUGUCAUAUCCGUGGGGUACAUUAUUGGGUAAAUAAUACGCUAUAUCAUAAAUGUGCUCAUGAAGAACUUACCCUGCUACAACAAGCUCAGAAGAAGUGGUUAACUGAAGAAAGCCCUGCUUACAUCGCCCUGGAGAAAAUUGUUAAUGAAAAACAGCUACUAAACGAUUUAAAACACGUAGCUGAUUUCAAGCACACUGGACAGCUCGAGGUUUACCAUUCCCUGUUGAAUAAGUACUGUCCCAAACGCUUAGCAUUCUCGUACGCUGGGAUGGUUGCUAGGACGCAACUAGCUGUGCUUGACCACAACUCGGGUGUAGAACGACAACAAGCCACUACAUCCGAUGGGAGGUUGAAGUUCAAAGUUUCUUUCACCAAAAUUACGAAGGAGUGGGUGGCAAAAAAAGUAAUGGAUCCGAAAGAAAAGAAAUACCAAGAGGACUUGAUGAAGGAAGUGUUUGAUUUGGUUCAAAAAAUCAAAGCUCCUAUAUUUUUUAAGUUGCCUGAAACACCCAGAAAUAUUGCAUUAAAAAUAAACCCUGGGAAGGAAGUUGUUGUCUCGAAUAUGCGUUCAAGAUUUACCUAAAAGUAACCCCCAGGUUUAUAAAUGAUAUUUAGCAUUACAUCAAGAAACGCUUAUUUUACAAUUCCGGGGGACAUUUGUUAUAUUUUAAAAACAUAUAUUGUAAAAAUUUCAUUCAUCAUCUUUACAAUUAUACAUGUUCUUAUACA